AUGGGUUUGAAUAUGGAGGCUGUAUGUCAUAAGAGAAAUCAUGAAAAUAAUAAAAUGUUAUACUUUUGUUAAUUUUCAGAUUGCAAGGCUGAUAGUAGAAUAGGUUGUUCAUAUUGUUUAGUAGAAUAACAUAAUGAUCAUUCUACUUAGAUAAUGGAAGUACAGACUUUCUGUAAAUUAUUUGAUGAUAAAAAAAAGCAAGUAAAAGUAUAGUGAAUAAUAAUAUAGUUUAUAAAUUUAAGUGAAACAAUCUUAAAAUCACCUGAUAAAACAUAAGAAAUCAAAUUUUAUUUUGAUUAACUUAAAUAAUAUCUAUUAGAUCGUUUGUUUUUUAUAGAAAAGAAUAUUUUGUAAUCAAUGAAUUAGUAAUUAGAAUGGAAUCCAUUAGAAAAAGAAUUAAUUAAUCAUAUAAUUAAUUUAGGUUCUAAAAAUAUAUAUGAGAUGUCUUAAGAUGAAUUAAAGGAAAGUUUAGAUUUUAUAUAAGGUAAACAUAUUUAAUAAUUGGAAUAUAUGAAAUAAGAAACAAAUAAUUAUUUAAGUUAAAAAAUAAGUUAAGUUGAAAAAUCUUGGAAUGAAUAUAAAAAAUAAUUAGAAGUUGAACUCAGUCAUCUUUUAGAUGAAAAUAAUAAAUUAGUAUUCUUAGAUCCAAAAAGUAAAGAAUUCCUAGAAUACAAAUUAAAUUAUUAUCAAUAAAAAGAAAAGAAAGUUAAAGAAAUGCGAGAACCAAUUUUUACAUAAUUAGCUGUAAUUUAAGAAGAAGAAUAAUAAUAAUAAGAAACUUUGAAAAAGAUAAUGGAUUAAUAAAAUUAAGAGUAUAAUUCAAAAGAUGAAUAAAUUAAGAAACAAAAUGAUAAGCUUAAUAAGGCUGAAUAAUUCUUAAAAUAAUAAAAAGAAAAAAAAUAAUAUGAAAAAGAGAAAGAAAGAGAAAAACUACUUUUGACAUUUCCUUAUAAAAUAUAUACCGAAGAAUGUGGUCAUAGAGUCUAAUGUAAUACUAUUCCAAUUUUUGGAUGUUGUAAUAAAGCCUAUCCAUGUACUAAAUGUCAUGGAAGUAUUGCUCAUCCAGCAAGAAUCCAAUUGCCUAGCUAUAGAUAUUGUAUGAAAUGUCUUGAAAUAUAUCUUGUGAUGUAUCCCACCAAUUAUUCUAUAAAUUGUCUGAAAUGUUAAAAAUGA